ACGUCAUAUGUCUGCGCCGAGGAAAACGACGUGCGUUUCAAAAUGGCAUCGUCCUUGAAGUCUUGGGUGUCGGUUAUGUCGAGUGCUUUGACCUGGAUACGACCACGGGGAUUCCAUUCAACCGCUGUGUGUUGCAAGAACCGCGCAGCACGCAUUCGUGUGGGAAAAGGGAACAGACCCCUGACUUACGAGCAGGCCGUCCACCCGCACUACAUUGCACAUCGCAAGGGCUGGUUAUCGCAGCACACUAGUAAUCUGGCGCGGGAGGACGGGGCCGCCGACAGGACGGUGGAGGACGUCUUUUUACGGCGCUUCAUGUUCGGCACGUUCCACAGCUGCCUCGCGGACGAGCUGGUCAUCAAGCGCAGAGGCAACAUGCUGGUGGUGUGCGCCUUGCUGACCCAGAAACUGCAGGCCAAUAAAUACUACUUCCUCAUUGGCUACACCGAGACUCUGCUCUCGCACUUCUACAAAUGUCCCGUGAAACUGGAGUUGCAGACCCUGGAGGACAAAACGGUGUACAAGUACUUGUGAGCGCAGGUGCCACGCUGUUUAUUUCAGAAUGGACAGACUUGAAUAUCUAAAACGGACAGGGAGGAGGUGGUGGUCUAUGGUAAUACAUGUGGCACGUGAUUCAUUUUGUAUAUGAAUUAAGUAUGUUAAUAAUUGGCAGUGCUGAAUUUUGAAAGAUGCGAGUUUCGCAGUGACGCCCAUGUCCAGUGUGUGGUGGAUUAGACCAUUGGAAGUGUUUGGACAAGACCACGGAGAAGAACUUGUGUGAAGAGGAACGCAUUAUGAUUUAGUAUUUAAAAAAUAAACCACUGCUUGGAAUCCUAAGAGCGCGGCAUAACAUUUUCAUUCCGUAUACCAGACAUUUCCGAGUCACUUGAACAAAGCUUCAAAGGAUUGGGUUGUGUAAAUAAUGGGUCUUUGGGCAGAGCUGAUUAUCUGUUUAACUGGGAACUUUGCCAAACGUGUGGAUUGGAUCCAUGCUAUUCUCACAGGUGAAUAAAUGUUCUGGAGAAAUAAACUGGCCUUUUUUCAUAUGAAACCAA